AGCUACCUAGGGUUUAUCGGACACUGUUUGAUCGGAUGAACCAGCGACGCUUGCUCGCUGCGCGCCGAUGAUCCCAAUCCGGCCGCUCUACAGCGCAGCGAAUCUAGCAGCCGGCGGAUGCGAAUCGAUCCAUCGCAGGGCCACAUUUCUUCUCCAAGGCUCCGGGAUGUAUUUUCCAAGAUCCAGGCCCAAUCUCAUCGAGAGGAAGACCAACACCUACACCGAAUCCACUGGUAGCACCGCCGCGGAGGAUCUCCCAUCGCCGGAUGCCAAUGCCUUCAUCGACACCAGUGGAUUGAGCUCGGUGGAGAGCAAGGCCGCGUUCUUCGACGUAGAUGGCACGGUUUGCAAGACGAAUGUGGUGUUGGCGUAUUUUAGCGCCCGUGUGGAGGAGCUGGCCGUGUGGGUGAGGCUUGUUUGGGUGCCUUACUUCAUUCUUACCUGCGUUCUCUACCUCAUCGUCGACUGGUUCCACAGGCCCACGUUUAACCGGAUCUUCUACAUGAGUUACAGGGGCAGGACUGUGGAAUCCAAGGCCGCGCUCGCCAAGAUCAUCUACACCAAGUACUACAAGCCCAGGAUUUUCAAGGACGCGGCCGCGAUCAUCAAGAGGUUGAAGGCCGAGGGAUUUAAGAUCGUUCUCGUGACUGGCUCGUUGGAUUUUUUGGUGGCUCCUCUAGCGGAAGAUCUCGACGCAGACCAUGUUUACGCAGCGGAGAUAAUCGAAGAGAAUGGCAGGCUGACCGGGAAGCUAAAGGGAAUGUACGCAAGCAAUGACGAGAAAGCUCUCAGAGUCCAAGACUUCGCGCGGGAGCACGGGAUGUCACUGAGCAAUUGCCUCGGCUUUGGCGACAGCAUAGCCGAUCUCCCCAUGCUAGAAAUCGUCGGAAGAGCUUACGUCGUCAAUCCCGACGCUCGUCUCAGAGCGAUCGCGCUGAGACGAGGCUGGCCCGUGAUGCAGUGGAUGUUGGCUCCAGCAAAGUUGUAGCAGAGGAAACAAAAGGCGCCUAGAAACACCGUUAUUUCAUGACAAAAGUGAGAGACAACAGAGUUUCUCAAAGACAAGAAUAAAGUUCCUGGAAGGUCCAAAAGAUAUCCUCCCUCGCAAAGAGAAAAAGGAGACAGGUACCUCACACACACCAGCGUACGCAAGAGUUUUAUGACAGUGUUCCUAGAAAAAGAGACGGCCAGGUCCUUUCCUUCCUCAGAGCUACUGCUUCCUUGUUUCAUUUUUUUGGGUGUUUUUUUCAGCACAAUCUGUAAGACAACUCCAGUCAGUGACAAUGAACAAAGAAAGGCAUUUGGAAGA